AUGGACUAUAAAUUACGACAACGUCUUCUGGACUAUACGAGAAGAGUGCGAAUGAGAAAGGAUGAACCGCGCGGCCGACCAACCACGCCAGCUUUGAAACUAGGGACGCUCUCAAAAUCGAUAAGAAAUUUCAGAAGAAUGAGUCGAGUUCGUACCAAGACCGUCAAGAAGGCCUCGCGAGUCAUCAUCGAGAAGUACUACACGAAGAUCACUCAUGAUUUCCACACCAACAAGCGUAUCUGUGACGAGGUUGCCAUAAUCGGAAGCAAGCAAUUGAGGAAUAAGAUCGCUGGAUACAUCACCCACUUGAUGAAGCGAAUUGAGAAAGGCCCCGUUCGCGGUAUCUCCAUCAAGCUUCAAGAGGAAGAGCGUGAGAGGAGGGAUAACUACAUGCCCGAAAUCUCCGCUGUUGAUGCCUCCGUGCUCGGACAAGUCAAAGUUGACCCCGUCACCAAGCAAAUGUUGGAAUCCAUGGACUUCAACCUUCCCAACGUCGUCGUUGACGAGCAGAAAAACAUGAAGAAAUACUAGAAGUUAUGACACUAUGGCGGUUGUCGUUGUUAUUUAUGUUCAUCAUCAUAAUGGCCGAAUUAUCGUUUAUGAUUGUUACGCACGCGUGUCCGUGAUUACGGACUACA